CUUUCGUAUCCACACAACUUGAACAACACCAAAGCAGCCACGCCACCUCACUCAACUCAACCCAUAACUAAACCUCUCAAAUCCUUUUCUUUUCCUGUUUUCUCUUCCACUGCCAAUUGUUCAACCAUGUCAUCAGCUGUGAUUGCAGGUGCCUCUUCUUCUUGUUCUGCCGCCUUCUCCAGCAGGAAGAACUGCUCCAACAAAACUACCUCGACCCCUUCUCCCAAGGCAUUCAAUACUUCACAGAAAACCGCACUCCAAGGCUUGUCUCUUCAAGAGGCCAAAAGUGGUGUCUCAGAUUUCUUCAUAGCUGAGAAAAAGAGCAGUGUCUGUUCCAGUCAUGCACGAAGAGGACUUGAGAUCACUGCAAGAACUGCCGGUGCUUCAAAAUCUAUAGAGGUUGAGGUUGACAAGCCUUUGGGUUUGACAUUAGGUCAGAAGGAAAGAGGUGGUGUAGUUAUCACUGCUGUUGAUGGGGGUGGGAAUGCAGCAAAAGCAGGGCUUAAGGCUGGGGAUCAGGUACUUUACACUAGCAGUUUCUUUGGGGAUGAACUUUGGCCUGCAGAUAAGCUUGGGUUCACUAAAACUGCCAUACAGGCAAAGCCCGAUUCUGUAUACUUUGUUGUUAGCAGAGGUGCAGAAGUUGAUGUUAAACGACUACCAAAACGACCAGCGCCACCUCGCUUCGGAAGGAAACUUACUGAGGCUCAAAAGGCAAGAGCUACUCAUAUUUGCCUUGACUGCGGAUACAUAUACACUGCACAGAAACCUUUUGAUGAGCAGCCUGAUACGUAUGGAUGCCCUCAAUGUCAAGCACCAAAGAAGAGAUUUGCACCAUAUGAUGUAAAUACUGGCAAAGCUAUCGGCGGAGGGCUACCUCCAAUUGGGGUCAUUAUUGGGCUGCUGGCAGGUGUUGGAGCUGUUGGAGCAUUGCUUGUUUAUGGCCUUCAAUGAAACUGUUUAUAAUGUGUAUUUAUUAGAAUUAAGUGACCCGAAUCCUUAUUUAAAUAAAAUACAGUGGUAAAAUUCCUAUAAAA